AGGAGUAACGGCUGAAGUUUGGCUUAUGUUGGAUUCUUCACUUUGGUUCUUUCCCUGUUUCUGUCCGACUGUCUGUACUUCGGAUAACUCUUCUGUUGUCUCUCAUGGCUUCUACAGCUCGGGCGAUAUUACUUGUGUUCCAUGCCCUUCUAUUGCCCCCUCUCACCGUUUUUGCCGAUGGCUUACCCGAGGUUCAAGGACUGCCGGUAUCUAAGGGCCGCCUGGAGCCCUGCGAUGUGCUGUUUGACAGCGGUGUGGAGGCGUACCAUCGCGGGGACUGGACCGCAGUGAUCCUUCACAUGGAACGGGCUCUUCGCAACCACAAAGCUCUUCGUCGGGCCCGGGUGCAUUGUCGGAUAAGCUGUGCUGAUAAUACGGUCUUUUUCUUCCCAAACGGUACCGCUAAGCCUGGAGAGGAAAAGCCGGCGCUCCCUACCCCCCCGGGCAAGGAGACUCCCGUCCACCAUGAAAGUGGAACUUCAGGAACUGGCCUUUCUGUUUCUGUACGUGAUUUACUUUUCUUCCAGCAGUUGCUACGCCGUGCUGAUUGUCUCCGUACCUGCGAGAGAGAGCAGUUUGGAUGUCCCUCGACUCUAUUCCAUGUGAGCCAGGAAGUGGAGAAUGAGUUUCAGAAACGCAUCCCUUACAACUACCUUCAGAUGGCUUACUUUAAGAUUCGUAAACUGGAUAAGGCUGUGGCAGCAGCUUAUACGUUCUAUGUUGCAAACCCAGAACAUGCUGAGAUGCGGCAGAACCUGGAGUACUACAGAAUGAUGGAAGGAGUGAAAGAGUCAGACUUUAAGGAUUUGGAGGCCAUACCUCACAUGGACGAAUUUCGCUUAGGAGUGAUGUUGUACACAGAUGAGGAUUUCACGAGUGCUGCUGAUCACUUUGAGAAGGCCCUAGAGAAAUACUUUGUGGCAAAUGAAGAGUGCAGGGCAAUGUGUGAAGGGCCUUAUGACUACGAAGGCUACAAUUACAUGGAUUAUAAUGCUGACCUCUUCCAGUCUGUUACAGAUCACUACAUUCAAACACUGAACUGUAAACAGAACUGUAUUGUGGAGCUGUCCAAGCGACCAGACAAAGACAAACCUAUUGAAGAUUUCUUACCUGCCCACUUCAACUAUUUGCAGUUUGCUUACUACAACACUGAGAAUUACGAGAAGGCCAUUGAAUGUGCCAAGACGUACCUGCUCUUUCACCCAAAUGAUGAGAUUAUGAAUCAGAAUGUAGCCUAUUACAGUGUUGUUUAUGGGGAGGAGAAGUCUGUGAAUAUUACACCGAGAGAGAGAAUUCAGACAUACAUCAGACAUUCCCUUCGGGAGAAGGAGCUGCUGUUCCUGGCAUACGACAUUUUUGGAAUCACAUUUGUGGAUCCAGACACAUGGACUCCAGAGGAUGUUAUGCCCAAACGAUUGCGAGAGAAGCAAAAGUUGGAACGCGAAACAGCAGCUCGAAUCAGUGAAGAGAUUGGAAACUUGAUGAAGGAAAUUGAGACAAUCGUGGAAGAGAAGCAGAAGGAAUCUGUGGAUAUUGCUAAGAUGGUGCAAGAAGGUGGUCCUGUUCUGUUUGACGGUAUCAAAGUGACUAUGAAUUCAAAGACGUUGAAUGGCUCCCAGCGAGUGGUAUUAGAUGAUGUUAUCUCUGAUGAGGAAUGUCGAGAACUCCUUCGCCUUGCAAACGCAGCAUCUUCAACAGGUGAUGGGUAUCGAGGAUCACAUUCCCCACAUACUCCCAAUGAAAAAUUCCACGGAGUCACUGUCUACAAAGCCCUUAAGUUGGGGCAGGAAGGAAAGGUUCCACAGAAAAGUGCGUGGUCAUAUUACAACGUGACUGAGAAAGCUCGCAAACUGGUAGAGUCCUAUUUCCGCCUUGAAAAUCCGUUAUAUUUUUCAUACUCUCACUUAGUCUGCCGAGUUGCUGUUGAAGAUAAACAAGAGUCACGCAGUGACCUCAGCCAUCCUGUUCAUGUGGAUAACUGUAUCUUGAACUCAGAAGCUUUGGACUGCAAAAAAGAAUCCCCUGCUUAUACAGAACGAGACUUCAGUGCUAUCCUAUAUUUGAAUGAUGACUUUGAAGGUGGAAACUUCAUCUUUACAGAGCUGGAUGCUAAAACUGUUACUGCAAAUGUGCGUCCACAGUGCGGUCGUCUUGUUGGAUUCUCUUCAGGACGUGAAAAUCCUCAUGGUGUUGAAGCAGUAACCCAGGGACAGCGAUGUGCAGUUGCACUCUGGUUCACCCUUGACCCUCGGCAUAGUGAACGGGAAAGGGUCCAGUCUGAUGACCUUGUAAUGAUGCUGUUCAGCUCUGUGGAUCAUGAGUUUCUGAAAGAGGGUGGUUCAAAAGAACCUGUUCUUGUUUCUACGUCAUCCAGUGGAAAAGAAGGUGUUGCAGCUAUUAACCCGUCAGACCAUCCAGAGAAGACAGCUGAGCUCACUCAGAGUGCAGACAAACCAUUACCAGACUCCUCUAGCAGUACUGAUUCAGAACUAUCAACAGAGUCCCAGACACAGGAUCCCACAGCAUCCAUCAGCAACACUCUGGAGUCCUCAGAUAAAAAGGAUGAGUUAUAAUUUGCAGCGCUCCAGGAACUCUACACUGUGAGCCAAAAACUUCAAUAUCUCAUCCUAUGCCAUGGUUUUUACCAUUGGCAUAUUGAACUUAGGAAUUUUUUAGUGGAUGUUAAACUUGAAUGUUAAAUUUUGAAACCUUCUCAUUGGAUUUAGUAAAACAAUGGUAAAUACCAUUGUAAUGUACUUGAUCUUCUUUCACAGUUUUACCAAAGAACUUUAGGACUUGGUAUAGUUGCACUCUGGCAAUCAGAGGAAAAGGCUACAGGCUAAUACUGCUGUGGAUUUUCCAGAGUCCUGUGAGCAUGUGUAAUAAAAAGACUGGUGCCUUUUAUUAGUAAUCCAUGUUGUACAAUGGUUUUAAAGUGCAAAGCUGAAAAAAAAGAAACACUCCACAACUCACCACAUAUUUUUGUUUGAGAUAACUUUUGUUAGGAAAAAUGUGGGGUGUUUUAAAUGUAUUAUUUUAUUUUAUUGCUUCCUAUUUUUGUUGUUUAUUUAAUUGAUUUGACCAUUGGGCAGUCGCUGAAUGGUAUGGAUACAGGUUUACAGCUUUGCUAGGGGCAUACAUAACAUUCCUUUUGCAAAUGACAUUCACUUUUUCCUGUUGUACUGCUUGUUGGACCUUACUAUCGCAGCGGUAAGAUGUAUGCUAUUGGAGAGUGCAGGUAUUACAGUGGCGGUACCUAUCUUAUAGAAUUUAGAUUCUUUGAUCCUACCAGUAGCUAAUUGAACACAUGCUAGCUGAUUGAUAGGGGAUUUGCAUGAUGUUCAGAGAUAGUCUUGAGUUGACAUUUCAUCAUACCAUGCUGUGAAAGUACUGAGAGAGCUCAUUUUCUUAAUCUGCUCCUUCUCCCUCCCAACAGCAAGAUCUUACUUUGAGAAAUCAUUGCAGCAAGCUGCCCAUUAGAAUCUACCACUAAACUGAUUGUAGGAUGAUUGGUUAUUUUCUUCAGCAGCCAAUUGAAUGGAGCUUUCCAGAUGGUGUCUCUGGCACCAACAUCAGUUCAUAUGGGUUGUGUACAACAAUCCACAGGAAUGAUAUCAAGAAUUAUGUUCAGUAAUUAAAUCAGUACUUGUUUACUUAUGCAUUUUAAGUUUUUAAGCUAUUUUUACUAGUCUGGCUCCAGCAGUGAAUAAUGUUUAUUGUCUGUUUGACAAGUAAAUGUAUGCAUCCUUAACAUUUUCUACAUUCUGUAUGAAGAAAGAAGUGCAGUAGAGGAUAAGGAAUGCACUGGAGAGUUUUUUUUUUACCCCAAGAAGUUAACACAGUGAGGGGAUAAAUUCUCUUAAAAGCACCAUUUAAGGAGAGUCCUUCUGCCUCCUUUAAAGUUUUAAUUGCACAUCCGUAAGCUUUGUGUCUGAAUUCUGCAGUCUGAGACACAGAGAAAAUUUUUAGACCUGUGUUAUGUUCUUCAGUUGGGUAGAAAAAAGUUAGUUUAUUGUCAUGAAUCAGGAACCAUAAAGGUGUGUAAAUCAUGCAGCACAAAUAACAGUUAACCAAACACGAAACUCCACGGUGUCCAAAACUCAGGGCUAAAAUACACACUGUUUAUUAAAAUUGAAAACAAGAGUUAAACUUCAUCAACAAGUGUCAUUAACAAGUUCCCUUCCAAGUACUUACAAUAUAUACAUCCUUGCAUUCAAUCUUAUUUAAUUCCUCAGGCAACUCGGAUUGGACACAAUGCAAAAGCCUGGUCUGAAUGAAUAUAUUUCAAUUAAUUCUGUACUAAAAAUGAGAGCAGCAAAAUUGUGAUGCUUUAGUUUUUUUGUGGUCAUAUUUUAUUCAACAUGGUUUUAUAAUUUUGUUUAUAAUAUUUUGAUAUGUUGUUACUGAAUGGGAUUCGCCUCACAGUAAGAUGCUGUCCGGUUCGAUUCUCAGAUAGAGCGUCUUCUGCAUGGAGACAUGCGUGAAUGGGCAUACCUUCGUUGAAGACUGUGCAUCAGGGCUGGUAACUCAUCACAUAAAAAUCAACUACCAAUCAUUAGCGGACCGGAGUUCCGCUGUGGCGACCCCUAACCAGGAAAAGCCAAAAGACACAACAACAACAACAUGUUUUUGUCAUAUAUUGUAUGUACAUGGAUGGGAACUUGUUAAUGAGACUUGUUUCUUUAAGAUAGUAAGGCAUCUAAUUAUUUGACUGGAUUAUUGGCAAACUUUAAGACAUUUAUUAGAGUGAUUUGUGUUAUGGUUCAAGUAGUUCUGAUGAAGUCCAGUGGAUGGAUGAAAGUGCUUAACUGUUGUUUUCAAUUAUAAAUAGAGUGUAUUUUAGCCCUGAGUUGUGGACACCGUGGAGUUUCAUGUUUGGUUUAUUGUCAUGAAUAUCAACAAGCUAGUGAUGUGCUUUAAUUUAUCCUUAAGUGAUGGAUAAAUAUUUUUCCAGUAUAAGUGAUUGCUUUCCAUGAAUAUAAAUUUUCCUAGAUUAGCCUGGUUGCGGUUUUGAUUCUUUCUGCCUAGGCUUGAUUAGCAAACCCAGUCACAGUGGGCUUCCCCUCUUUCUUCAGCAUUGAUACAAAUAUUUGUCUGGUGUCCAGCUUUGCUGCAGAGAUCCUGUAGUUAUUGCUUCUCAAACAUACCUCUCAAACUCUAAGCACCAGAAAUCUGGACAAAGCCAAAAAUAAUAGGGAGACAAAGGCCCAAAGUCUGGAACAAAUUUUAAAUAUGUCUCUUGUAAACUUUGAAAAUUACUAGAAUAACUAGUUUUGCAUUAGCAUGCAUUUUCUGAAGGAUAUCAAUUCUGAAACUCAAAUAUAUUUCCUUAUUUAGCGACUUCAAACCACAAUUAUUUACCAGAAAAUCACAAGUUUUAUGAGGAAUAGGCCAAAGCUUUGAAAUACAAAUCUGGACAGUAUGUGAAAAUCUGGAUAGUUGAGAAUAAUGUUCUAUGAUAUGACUGACCCUGUACCACGUUGAAGCCACUUCUUAUUCCACUUAAUACUGUAAGUGAUUUUGCAGUGCCUGUGUCAUCACAAAGGAAACGUCAGUUUUCUGAAGGCUAAUUUACUGAAGACCAUUUGGUUAAGACAAUUCCACCAAAACAAUAGGAUGGUGAUAUCAGGAUUAACAAAAAUAAUGUAUUUUCUUUGUAUAGCAAAGCCUCCCCCCACCCACACUUUACACGUGGGGGGGCCUUCUGCUCCAAAAUUUUAUACCUGAGAUGACUGCGUGUUGAAGAAAGGGAUAAAGUAACCUGGAGUAAAUGAUGAUUAGAAAAUCCAGUUUCAAAAAUUAUCUUGGGUGAGAUAAGCAGUGAUCACUGUACCACAUCCCCACAUACCACACCAAUGUAACAUUGGUUACAUUACCUGCAUCAGUAGCCUUAGGCCAUUCUGCCCUCUACUGAUCCAUGUAAGGUAAAUAUCAAGUGCAAGAUGAAAAGCCAAGUGACAGGCCUUCCACCUUCUCUUUUCAUUUCUUCCUUCUCCUGUUUCUUGCCUCCAUCCUACCAAAAUAAUGGCUUAAAAUUCAGAGUAUCUCUUUUAUUCCUCAUCUGAGUCCAGGCUGAAGUAUAGACCUAUAGUCUUGAAAGUCUUGGAUUACAAGUACUCAGGUACUUGAAAUUUCAAUUGAGUCCCUACUAAAGAACACUUUUCUAGGGGCACACUCUGUAUGCUGCCUAUAAGUAAAAAUGGUGAACAGCAAACCUCAGCUCCCCCUCCCACUCACACAAUGAAAGGACAGUACCAUUUUUCAGACUAUCUUUUCAUAUGUAUUCACAUAACCCAUAUUGACCCUUAGGUGUAGGGCUGGGAUCUUUUCAUGUGACUGUCCAUAUAUGUUUUUAAUCUUUUUUCCAAAUGUCUAUUGGUUAAGAGUACAGUGCUAAUUUUCAAAGCCUUCUACAAGAAGUGAUUGUUGGGACUGUGUCUUAUGAAAUCCUGAUUUGAUCGCAGAAUUCUUUAAUCUGUUGAUGUCUAGCUGCCAUUCUGGGGCAUAGUUGGCCUAGAUAUUGAAAUUUACCGUACUCUUUUCCCAAGGGGAAGUGCUACAAAGAAUAUUUCUGGAUACGUAGGAUUUCAGGUGUUAUAAUUGCAGUGGUAAGGAAGGUAGGUGAAUGCUUGUGUGUGUCUGUCAGUCUGUCUUUGUGUGUGAUUAUGUAUGUAUGUUAGGGAGAUGUGUACCUCCACAAACUCAUAUUGAGCAACACAAAACCUUUAUUAUGGACUGGAGACUUGGCAAAUAUGCUCUUCAUGUGGUAGUAACAUAGACACGAAUGCUGUGACUAAAUACUUUUCAAACUUAUCAAAUGAUUGAGUUAACAAAAGAGAAUUUACAUUUCUAAUGUUGAACAGUUAGCAUAUUCAUUCUAAUGGAUAAAAAGUCAAAAGAACCUUGUGGAACCAUUAACAGAUUUAUCAGUUUUAUCUGCCAUCUAGUGGCUUAAGUUAGAAUAACCACUACAUAUUCACAGAACAAAAGUAUACUGGCAAAUGAAAUGUGACAUGUACAUAACAUACUGUUAUAAAAAUUUAUUAAGACCAGGAGGAAGACAUACCUCCAAAUUUAUAAUUCAAGUGUUUAUUGUCAAAUAUCAGCGACAUGAAUUCUCUUUUGUUAAUUUUUAAUUAUGUAAUAUUGUUCAAGAAGUGUUUAGGCAGAACAUUCAUUUAAUGCUAUUUCACACAAAUAAACUGCUUUAGUACUGAAGUCAGUCUGUGUUUUAAAACUGCUAGCUCAGUCUUGUUUAUGUUAUCGUAUGUUGAUGCAUUUCCCAAACCUAUGUAAAAAAGGUUGGAUUACGUAGUAUUUUGUGAUGGCUGAAUAAUGAUUAGUGGAGUGAAUUUUAUUUCUUUGCACAGAAAAUGGUGGGGUUCCUGUGCUUCCAUGUUGUUCAUGGGAUGUAUGCCUAUUAAUGGUGUAUGCAGUGAUAUCAUGAUGUUGAUCAGAAGCAUAUUCUAAGUUCUUUCACUCCCCAUUCCCUUUGUCCUGUUUCCACAGUUCAUAAUUUGAUCCUUAGAUAUGUCAUUGGAAACUUUCCUGUAUUUGAUGACUAAGAAAUUUCACUAUCAAAGUAUCUUAUAUUCAUCAGACCAGCACCAACACUGAUUUUACUCCCUGGUGAAAAUGUCCAAUGUGUAGGUGUGUCAUGCGUGCAAGUGUUUCUUUCAGUCAUUUCAGUUAUCCAAAGAAAAAGGUGCAGAAAGCUGAAAAACUAACAUUCUUUCUACAGGAUACCAAAUUUAGAGCUGGACAUUUUGGGGAUUGGCAGGAGGGUCCCUUGAAUAAUCACCAUCCAGAGUUGGGGUGAAUGGAGAAGGUAAAGGAGUGGAGGCUAGGCAUCAGCCAAAGCUUUGCCUUAUUAAGUCAUUGUCUGGGAGUGGACUUUUUUAUAUGCAGUAUGCCAACCUUCAGCUGGUGAGGGAUUAAGUUUCCAACCAUGCAGGAGAGGCAUCCCUGGACAACCACUUUAGAGGGGGUGUUUCAGGAUUCUAAUACCAGCCCACAUGUGUUUGAAGAUCCUUAGCAGCUUUAUGACUGUCAUACAUGUGUGGCAUGAGCUCUUGAGUUUCCAGUGAACUUUUGGUGUUUGAACUUUGCCUGGGGAAGGCUGCUCGUUUUUUUACUCCCAUGUUAAGCAGGUCUUGCAGGCUGACAUUUAUGAGGCUGCCACUGCACUACUGGCAACCAGUGAAUCAGUAAGUGUCCCCUGCAACAUUGUUGUCCCUGCCCUGCUUCCAGUACUUCCUUGCAGACUGGGGUAUGGAAAAGCUGACAGAGCUUUUUAAUUGUUGGGUCAUGGAAUCGUUGGAAAAAAAAAUCUGAUAUUGUAGCUUGGCCUUCCUCAUAGAUUUUUGUAAUUCCAAAUAUGUUGACACUUUGAUUGAGGUAUAAACAUCACUGAUAUGUAUGCAUUUAAGAAUAAGCUGAGACAAUUCUUUUGUGGCGAGAUUGUGUUUAUGCAGGCUGUUAUAGAAACCUUGUAAGACUUGAAGCUUAAGAAACAGAUAUUCACUAACAUGGUUGUCUUUAUGAUCCCCAACACAUCUCUUCUUCUAAGCCAACUCUUUUACCCAAGCAUCCUUGUGUCAGGUGAUUCUAUCCCCACCCCACUUCUAUCCUGUCUAUGUCAGGAUACCCCAGCAUUUUUGACUGUCUUGCAGGACUGCACAUAGGUUUCCUAUUCUCUGAAUUUAUCCUAGCUUGGUUAUUGGGUUUUAUUCAUGAUUUUAGACAGCCACUUCUUUAAGCUUUUAGAUCCUGCAUCAAGAAGCGGUUCUUUAAAAGACUGAUUAGUUUCUGCAGAGGUCCUCAGGUAAGCUCAGACUCUACUUUUCAGAUGGACUGUUGAGUCUUUUCCAGCUUUAGAAAGAGAAAAGACAUUCACUCCCUUCCUUGUGGUCAUCCCAGAUGGUACAAAAGGUUUUCAUCUUAUAUUGAAACUCCAGUAAGCAAAUGCAGUUUUUUAGAUUCUGGAUGGAGUGUCCAUGGGGUCCUGCCCCUGUUUUUUUACAAGGUGUCUGGUUAGUGUUGCUUAAUUAGAUAGUGUCAUAUUAGCAUCUAUGUUUUUUACAGGAAGUUCCUUCAGUUCAGCCAGGCUGGAUUCUGUUUCAUUGGACUAUCCUGUACAAAUGCAGCUUUUUACUUAUGUAUUUAUCCAUUUGUUAGCUAGGUGUGUACACUGUCCCAAACACCUUUUCUAACCACAACCUGGUCUCAUUUAGAAGUGGUUAUUAAUACAAGUACAUUACAUCAAGAAGCCAAUAGAUUACCUCAGACAUCAGGAGAAACCAAUACUAAAUAUGAAAUAUAUAUAAUAUAGUUAGAACUGCAGUAAGUAGCAAUAUAUGUUGUUACAAUCAUAUACCAGGAUCCAUGUCAUAUGGCAGAGGCCCUUCAGGAGACUGGGCUCCCUGUGUUCACCCUUGCUGCAUAAUGGACUCCUGGUAGCCCUGUAAAGGGACAUCUUGGCAGCUAUCUUUGCUUUGUGUUUUUCUAUGACUGCAGACUGCUGGGAUCGGCAUCAGCCAGAAGAAAUCCUGUCUGUCAUUCCAGGACAGAAAAUUGUCUUCAUGGUGAAGCUUUAGUUUCAUCCAUUCCUGUUUUCAGAGAUCAUAGGCUCAACAAAAAGCAGAAAAUGGGAGUAGCCCAGACUCUACUAUGCCUUUAGGCUUCAUGGUUUACACAGAUUUUACUGCCCUAUUUGCCUGAUUCCAUGGUGACUGUGAGGUGUCAGUGGCUAUAUAGUUAUGCCGUCAUGGAUCUUUUGACAUCAGUCCCUUAUCAUUGGGGUGUAGUGUGGUGCAGUAUUCCCGCGAAUGCCAUUGUGUGGCUACACUUCCUCCAGCUCCACCAUUUGCAUACUUUCAGUGAAUGCUUGACUCCUGUACAGUACACGCCAAGGGAUUCCCCAAGAGUGGGGAUUACGCAUAAACUUACUUGAUAUGAUUUUCUUCCUUCAGUCUCCAGAACCGGGACUGGGUGAGACUUAAAACAUUUUGUGAUAGUCAGGUGACCAGGCAGUGGUAUGGUACAUGAGCAAGGGGAUAGCACAACUUUAUAUCCACUGUGCAGAAGCUGAUGUUGGUCUGAGUGUGUGUCAUAGUCUAGGUCAUCUCCCUCACAGUCACUAACAUUCUGGGAGAACUGAAUUUGCUGUCAUCCCUUUUCUUGAGCUGAGGAUGAGGAUAAUAUAGGAAUACAAUGCUUUGGCAUCCCAGAGAGUGGCCAUUUCACCAUUCAGGAGAAUGUGGUUCUGCACCUUUUCUGCUUAGUUCAAGAGGACAAGGAGAUUAACAAUGGAGGUGUUCUGUGCCUUGUGUCAAAAACAUUCCUGUACUACUCCUCCACAAUCCCUUCUGAUUCUGCACAUUCUGUCAGAAUUCACAGAAAAACUGGAUAUCAUCCUCAUUGUGUCUAACAAGGUGUGGUAUCAGACUGUCUAGUCCUUGGCAAUAACAGGAGCCUGUACAAAUACAAUCCAAAGAUGUCCCCCUUGCUUGCAACGAGAAUGGCCUCUCUAUCUAGGCAUAGCUACUCCUUUAGAUUCCUAAUCAUGAUGGAUUUUAAAGUGGAGGCCUAAGAAAUAAAAUAAACUCUAGAAGGCCUUCCACUCAACAGAGUUAUUUUUGCUAAGAGAAGAUGUUCUCCUUCUGGGCAGAGAGGUGCCAAGUACUGCCUCAGUCAGUAAGACACCUGCUUGACCUGAGGUCUUAGUUAUUCCACAUUCAAAAUGCAAAUUUAUAUUAGUGCGACACAAAUUACUUUUUGUUGAUCGGUUGUUAUAGUAAGCACUUAGUUUGGGUCUAUGGCACACAUGGACGGAGCCCUUACUAUGACCCAUGUGAAUGAGAUUUCAAUAAUAACCUCAACAUUGGAGGAGCCAUGCUGGGAUGGUGAGGAGUGAAGAGGCUUUCCCCACUUGCCCAUCUCAAGAUGAGAAGGUUGUGGGUAUUCAAGGAGAAGGUGCGAUCUUGCUGGUGGAGACCAGGAGAAACCACUCUCCAUACCUGCUUGAAGAGGUAGUGCUGCAAGUCCCCAUCCACUAUGUUAGCCAGGCAGCUGUGGGAAAAUAUUAGGGCAUAAGAGGAAAACCCUCAAUCCAUCCCCAGUGGUUGUCUGUAUAAUGGUUGCACUUGGUUGACCCUCAACUUGAUGAUGUUUGUAUGAUCGUUUCUCUUGGUUGAUCCCCAACCUGGUGAUGUCUGUAUGACGGUCCCUCUUGAUUGACCCUCAACCUGGUGGUGUCUGUGUGAUGGUCCCUCUUGUUCAACCGUCAAGCUGGUGGUGGGGAGCAAAUAGGUCAGAUGCCUGAUAGGAGGCUAUUAUUGACAGAUAGAAAAAGAGCCAAAAAAAUGUCAUAGUAAGCACUUUCAUUGUUCUAUUUAAUGAGCUUCUAGCUGUAGCCAAGUAACACCUAUUCAAAUGACUUGCUAAUUGCAGUGCUUUUGUUCCCAUCUGGCUGUCAGCUGCCCCCUGGAUGAUGCUGUCAAAGGUCAAACUAGUAAUGAUUCUAGUGACCAUUUCAUCAGUGUCCAUUGCUUAUAUUUAUGCCAUAGCCACCUAAUCAUUAGUUCAAACCGUCAAGUGCUCAGAUCAUGAUUCCAUGACUCAGACCUCCUUUAGCAUAUCAGUGCUUCAGUACUCAGUCUUCUAAAGCUUUGUUUAGCUUUCCUAAAACUUCUGCCAACUUGAAAAGUUUGAUGGUACUGCUUGAGAUUUUGCCACUGAUUUUCCACUGAACACAACCCUUGAUGUCAUAUGUAACAGACUGUGUUUAUUCAGCAUGUCAAUUGAUCUACAUGGAGGAACUUUGCAGUAGGUCCUAAUUAUUCAUCUGCCUUCAUCCUCUCUUUAGAUAGCUUUUCCUUCGUCAGACAUGGAUUGGCUUUCUGUAAUACUGGAUAAAAUUGUGCAUUCUUCCAUAUUUGUGUCUGUCAGGUGUGCUUGCUUAAUGCAUACAUGUUGCAAGGGCUUGUGUCAGUGGGACAUGUAUGCACCUCUUAGUAAAGAAACUAGAAAUAGUAGAAAUUCUGUGAUGAACCAAGGAUCUUAGGAGGGAAAGUCCCAACAGUUACCCACUACAGUGUUUUCUUGAGGAUCAGCUGCAGUGGUGAGCAUUAACAUACCUGUUACUUAUGUGAGGUACUCUCUUUAAUUGUGAUGUUUGAGUCUUAGUCUUAUAGUAAGUGGAUUUCCUGUACUCUUUCCGUCUGUGUGGGAACUUAUGCCCACAUUACUGUGAUGGCUGUUUCUUCUACUGUGGUUAUGAAUGUUUACUGGACACUUUUUCACUUCACAUUCUGUAAGGUUUUUGGCAAAGGACCUUUCUACUUAACUGCUUGAUGAAUAAAAUUCCUGUGACAGCUCUUUGGCUCAGAAUGAUAGACCCCAGAAUGUAACCUCAUAAAUCCAAGUUUGAGUCGAGUUCCUGGAUGCUGGAACAGCUGAAUGGAGAAGAAGGGAGUGAGCAGCUGACAUUUUUCACUCACUUUGGUGUGAUAUUGUAAGGAGGUUCUGCUGGUGGGGCUCCUUCAUCAGAGUUAUGUGGUACAAAUACAAGGGGUUAAACAGCAUGAAGUGGGAAAUGCACGCAAACAUGUAUGCAGAAGUACAAACAUAUGGCUCACAUAAAGACCAACUCUGUAUGUAUUGCAUGCCAUGACCUUAACUCAUAGGAAGAAUUGUCAGGCACAUGCAAAAAAGUAUGGUGAAUCAGCUGUUUAUGGUGUUCAGCUGGUACCUGUCUGUCACCCCCCCCCCCAUACCAAUACUGGAAUACAGUAUGUGACUGGAGAACAAAAUAGUUAAUAGCCCUCAGAGAGUACAGGAGUAACGGAACAAGGGAGGCAAGAAAGAAGCACUGAAAUGGUAGAGAGAUUACUUUCUACAUGUACUGAUUUCUGUAAAGUGAAAGCUGUACAACACAUACUGGGAAAAUGACCUUAUCUGGUGUUAGAAAAAGCCAGGCAGUGUAGUUUUAAAGGUUUAAUGUUUUAGCGAGUAUGUCAGGUAGGUUGCUAUAGGAUCUAGAACAUUAUUUGUUAUUUCUGGAGUUGAUGAAAAAUACUUUGACAAUCUUUCCAUUUUGUUUUCUGUGAUCUGAUGCUUUAACUCUUCCUUCUGCACUUCCAUUCUAGGCAUUUCUCACUGAUUGUACAGUGAUUUGUUGGUCCAAGAUGUUAUCAAAUGGUCUGAAUUUGCAAUUUGCAUCAGCUGUGAUGCAGAGAAAGUCUGACUGAAUUUCAGAACAGUGUUUAAGUUUUAUUUAAGUGCCUUUUGUACAGCAAAUGUGUUGAAUAAAUAAACACUGUUACAUUUUGA